GUCCUGGACUGUCUUCCUCACAUGACCCGUGUGUUUGUCCCCGUGAUCAGCGCUUCCAUCUCCGUAAAUCAGUGUCGUUGAAUAUCGGCGUUUUACACCCGCAAAACCUUCAUGGAUAUGCUGGAGCAGAGUCUGGACAGCUCGGCGAGUCACGACAAACAGGAAACAGAAGAAGUGGUGCAGUUACAGGAAGGAGAGACGGUGGGGACGGAGGAGCAGACUGCAGUGACCAUCACUGGUGUCCCGCAGGCUGCGUUCGCUGACCACAAUGUUCAGUACCAGUUCCGCACAGAGAACAGCGGAGGACAGGUGACCUAUCGUGUGGUUCAGGUAACAGACGAUCAGUUAGAAGCAACAGCUGACGGGACUGGAGCCGUCAGCGUCGUCUCUACCGCAGCGUUUGCUGGAGCCCCUCAGGCGGUGGCACAGGCUGUCAUACAGAACCCGUUCAGCAAUGGGGGCAGUCCUGGCGGCGAGACUGUGGGAGGAGAGACGCGUUUCGCUUAUUUCCCCGCCGCCACCGUCAGCGAUGGAACAGCCGUGUCGGUGCAGGCCACCACCGACCCAACGAUCACCCAGGCAGGAGGUCAGUUUUAUGUGAUGAUGAGCCCCCCUGAGGUACUACAGACGGCGGCUCCUCGCACCAUCGCACCGCGCACGCACACCUACACUGCAGACCUUGGUGAAAGCGAGAUGUUGCAGCAUGGCAGUUCAAACUGGAAGGUGGAGGGUCCACGGGCGCCCAGAGAUGAGAGGCGAAGAGCACAGCACAAUGAAGUGGAGAGAAGAAGAAGAGAUAAGAUUAACAACUGGAUUGUCACACUUUCAAAAAUCAUCCCCGACUGCAGCGUAGACAGCAGAACUGGAGCGAGUAAAGGCGGCAUCCUGUCCAAAGCCUGCGACUACAUCCGAGAGCUGCGGCAGAGUAACCAGCGACUGCAGGAGAGUUACAAAGAGGUGGAGCGGGUCGAGAUGGACAACGAGCUGCUUAGACAACAGAUUGAGGAACUGAAGAACGAUAAUGCACUCCUUCGAGCACAGCUACAGCAGCACGGCGUAGAAAUCAAUGGGGAUGCAACACCACAGUGAUUGUGGACUUGGACACAUGUAACAUCACAAACACAAUGUCGCAUCCUCCCACCCACCUGAACAAUACCAGGAAAGGAAUAACAGUGAGAGACAAAAUUGGACCACAAAAACACGAGCUGGGCUUGAAGAUAAACCCUGAGGGACUACAAAGUGAAAACCCCUCCUCCACCUCCACCUCUUCGAAGGCUGAACGCUCUGAAAUCCGUUAACUGUGUAGCUAACUGAACCUCUCACCUCUGCUUCAAGGAAAACAACCUCUGCACAGCACCGCCACGCUUGCACCAAACUUUCUUUUUACUUUAAAUUAUGAACCUGCCACUGAAAAUUUACUCUGAUUUCACCUUUUUACCGCAAACGUGUUCCUUUUUAAUUUUAAUUUUAUUUUUAUUUUUUGUCGUCAUUCGCUGUGUUUGAAACUACUAAAUGUGACAUGAAUGAUAGUUCCCAUUUACUUUUUAAUUUAUUAGUCUUUAAGGAAUGUGUACACGUAAAAGAAAAGCUGAUCUCUGAAUUCACUCUUUCUCCAGUAACAAACAAAUAAUGGGCAGAUCAAAUAUUUUGAGCAUGCCCAUCACUGCUACUAAGGAUUGUUUUACAGAUGUGGAUCGUGGGUAUAUUUAGUUGAUCUGUGUGCAAUUUGGGGCAACUUUUGUCAAUUUUUGCCUCUUUACACUGACACUCCAAGCACCGGGCAGAGCUCACAAACUUUAUAAACACAGUCCAAUAUCAGUAAACUAAUACUUUUUUCUGACAGUCAACGUAAAAAAAGCAGCUUUGAUAGCACAGGCAUGGAGGUUUUAUUUUUAGUGCAAGGCCUUAAUAGAAGCCUGUUGGAGAAUCUAGGUGUUAACAUAGCUCAGGUAAUUGGGAUAGUGCACUGGCAAGUGGUUCCCAAACUCAAUGAAGUCUUUACAUUAUGGAGUUUAGAGCUCUGUUGUGUCCCCAUUAGGUGCAAUGUACAGAUAAGAGUAUGAAGAUGAUUUUUAACGGGCAUUAAAAUAUAGUUUGUAUAUCUGCUUAAUAGGUCACUGGUGUAAUGCACUGAAAUAGAGGUUCAGUCAUGAGAGGUCUUGUUUGAGACCGGCCUCUGUACGGCCCCCUAGUCCUGCUGCAUUUAGGUGGACACCUGAGGUGGCUUCUUUUUUUUUUUUUUCUUUGCAAUAUUCCCUAAAUCUUUAAAACUUUUGGGAACCGUCGCUGCUGACAGAAGACCACAAAACAACCACGGUCAGGAAUGUGCUGAGGGUAGUUAAUGCGAGUGAUGAUAGUUGUAACUAACCAGCUUUUGUCUACACUGAAAGUCACCACAGCAUGGAAAUAUAACCACUGGCAUGACUAAUUCUGAUACUACAAUAAAACAGAAGUGUUUAUACCUGA